AUGGUGCUGUUGUCAGGCCUUUUUGGAUGGGCAGAGCCUCGAUCUGUGGAGGCUGCGAGGCCAGAGAGGAGGCGGGUUCGAAGCCCCAGUGGCCCCGGGGCUGCUCCGCCCAGGCCUCGCCCAACGCCCGCGCCCCGCGCUUCCCAGAGCCUCCUGGACUUUCGCCCUGGACCAGUGAACGACCCUCCCUGCGGGAUGGAGUUCGGGCGACCCCCUCGCCCCGCGGUCGGCGCCCGGUCCUUCCUGCCCAGGGAGGGGCGCGCAUCCCCGCUGGCUCCCGGCGCCCCGAUCCCUGCGCAGAGCCAGGGUGGCUCGGGGAGCCUGGGCGGCGGGAACCCGGACUUCGCAUCCCCAGCCGGAGGGAAUGUGGAGUGUGCGCCCUGGGUCCGAGAGAAAGUGCUCUUUCUCCUGCAUCCCGAGAGGUGGAUGGGGACGCCAGGGGACCCGGCCUGCGCAGAGGGGCCGCGCGGGGAGGACCUUCCCCAGGUGAGCCGGGACCACGAGGAUGGGGGAGCCGGGGGGCCCCCUCGAGCUCCAGGAGCCCGGCCUCGGGAGCCCGCGGCCCCGGCCAGGCCGGUGUUCGUGCGCGUCGUGGAUUACCAGGUGACCCGGGAGGUGCUGCGGACCGCGGGGACGACGGGGCGCGCGACCACGAGGACCGAGGAGCGCUGCGUGACCGCGGUCACUUUCCGCACCCAGCGGCACUGA